GUUACGUUUUACCUCCUUACGAAUCUGUCGACCCGGCACACGAAGACGUAUCACGCACAAUCGGAGACCGAAGGGGUAGAGUACCGGACCGCGACCUCGAGGACUCCGGGCUGAAGAGUCUAGCCAGUAUUUAGGUUUAUGUUACGUGGUUGCCUUUUCGAUGGAUGAUUUCGUUACGGCCGACGACAAACUCAAAAUGCACCACAUGAAGUUUGAACUGCCUUGAUGAAGCUUCCAACAGUGGAGAUGCCAUGUGACCUGUGAAGGACCCUGUCGGCCCAAUUGCAGUGCUAGAAAAACCACACGGUUUGACAUUUCUGGAGACAGUCUCGGUGCAGUUGACAAUUGGUGUCAAACAACGUCUUCUGUGGAUGUGCACAUUGGUCGUUCCUGCGGAACGUGCUAAGCUUUGCCGUCGCAUAAUCUCGCCGUCAUACACAUGUUAUAAGCUCAAUCAACUAGGUAGCUGCAACUCAAAGCUCGGCGGCGCCAUAGCUAUCCCCCUCCGAGUCCGCUGUGCAAUGAUCUCCCACAUCGAAGCAAUGCAGGACAUCGCGCCCGAGAACAACACCUCACCCGCGGCUACAGCCGCCGCGGUCAAACCAUCAGUCGUAUUGCACGGCAGACCACAAGACGAUAUCAACUGUUACGAAGCGGGAUCAUUUAUAGCAUUCCUAGCAUUCACCCUCCUCAUGUUUAUCUUGUGUUACUCAAUGAUCUUGGACCAUGAGCUCCGUGUCCGCAUGCCUUCCGCACCGUUGGGCUCCUACGUCGGUCCUCACUAGUCGCUCGCCACGUCCGGCCCCGAGUUCUGCAGGCUCUUCAAGGGCGACGCAGGGCUGUACUCGUUGAAGUGCUGGAACGGCGUGGGCAUGGACGUGGUCUAUACUGGUCAGGGAGAGUGCAGUGCCAUCGCUUAUGGACGUGAUGAGUGGUGGGAGGUAGUACGGCGGUGGGAGGUUGAGUGUGGUGGUCCCGAGGGAAAGGUGUUGGGUCGGGUUAACUCUCAAGUGGUGACAACGAUGGAGUGAGGACGGGGACGAGUGGUCACUGGUUGGGUGCAGUUACGAGAUGUACAGUACCCGCACGGGGUUGUAUUACCGCAGAGGGUGUGAUGUAUUGCGUACGGAGGACGUAGGUAUGUGAGAG